AUGGGCGACCACGUUCUCUUUUUCUAUGUACUACACCGAGUAAUCCAUGGCCGCUCGGACCCAGAACCCUGGCAAAAAGCCACAUUGCGCUUCCAGCCCGCCGAGCUGCAGGGCUAUCGGCGGCACCGGGUGCGUGGCGCAGAUUACCCAGCUAUUGUGGCAUCGCGGGGCUCCAAAGUACUGGGCAUACUCGUCUCCGGACUUACAGACGGAGAUGUAUACAGGCUUGAUCGGUUCGAAGGAAGCGAGUACGCGCAUGAGAGGGUGAAAGUACAGACAUUGGAUCAGGGAGCUACGUCUGAUGGAGAUACUGCCAAGGAGACCACGGAUCUCAAAAGCGCAUUGGAAGCUUCUGGGGCACAAACUUUAGCUGAUGCCUGCCCGAAGUUGGUCGAUGCUGUGGCUUAUGUAUGGAUUAGUGAUGUCGAGAAUCUAGAGCAAGUGGAGUGGGACUUUGAGACGUUCAAACGGGAUAAGUUGUCGUGGUGGGCUAAUGUCGAUGAAAGCGAGUGGUAG